ACUAUGUAUAUAUAUAUACAUCCUAUAUAUAUGUAGGUAUACAUGCAGAUAUGGUAUUAGGUAUUAGGUAUAUAUUUACACAUCUCCCAGUGAGUGAAAACAAGAUCAUAACGGCCCCGUUUUUGCCUUCUUGGUUUCCACAGCAUCCGGCAAAUCGGUACACGUCAAAGCCCACGCUAUCCAGGGGAUCAUAGGUAGCAGCGUACUGUGUAUACGAACUCGUGUUUUAGGUCAUGUACUUGGAAUAGCCUAUACACCAACUAACUACCUCCUAAUACUUUGCUGCUUCGGUCUCCUUUACCUUGGGUUCUUUCAUAGUGUAUUCUCGUCGACCUUUCUGCGAGCUUUGCUUCUUCUUAUUUUGUGCAACUCUAAUACGGGGCUCUACCACGAUAACGCCAUAAGCAUCAAGCCUCUCAAAGCAUGCAAUAAAACCCGUGGAGCUACUGGAUCUGUACCGAUAGUACCCUACCAAAUUCUAGUCGUCGCCCCCGAAAUCUUGCCGCCCACUGCCCACUGCCCAAGUCCAAGCGUCUUUCUGCAAUAGUCUGCAUUAGCUCUCUCGCUUUACGGAAACUGAUCCAGUCGGCUUACCUUAAAAACGGGCGUGCCAAUCAACAAACAUUGUCCCUUUUCAAUAUGACUUCUACUCUCUCCGAAAAGGGUUUCCUAGGUGAACAGGCAGCUUAUACACCAACUCAAACAAAACGCUGCAUUCGACAUCGUCUAACGGAAAAGAUGCCUUCACCGCGCCACUUCCUCACUCUGUUCCUCAGCCUCCUGGUCACCGCCGGCUUAGCCAGUGCUGUCCUACACCAAACGCCUUCUGGCGAGGAGACAGCCAGAAGCGAGACAGAGCACGUUGUAGUCCGUGACGACUCAACUUUCUCCCGGCUAUUGAACUCGGCAUCUCCCCGUGCUAUCCACGAGUUUCUCCAUGCUUACUUCCCUGGCACCUACAAGCAUGGCGUCUACGACUCAGACCGCUCGGCCAUGGAGGCGGUUCACGCGAAUGACCCGGAAUUGGCGACGUCCAUCGUUCAGAUGGCGAAGAGACAGUCUAGCAACGAGACAAUCACUACGACGGCAACUUCUGCGACCGCGGAUUCUAGCUCUAGCUCUAGCUCUAGCUCUGCAGCCCCUACGAGUGAUAGCACCACAACUCAAGAGACUUCCACCUCUGUAGAAUCCACCACGCAUACCUCGGAAUCGACGACAGAAUCGACUUCAGCCGCUACUUCAGAGUCAACCUCGGAUGCCCCGACAUCUACGUCUAAUUCGGUAACUACUACAGUCACCAGCACUACCAGGGACUCGACAACAACUUCGACUUCGGAGUCUUCUGCUGAGACGACAAGCAUUCCCGGCACGACCCUGACAACAGCAACAACCCCGACGACACCCACUUCUGCCCCUACCACUACAAGGGCGCACAGGACAUCCACUUUCACAUCAACGCUUCCCGGAGGCGCUAAGACAACGAUCACAUCCGUUGAGGUGGUGACUCCGGGGGCACCGGAAGAAGCAAGCCAGACCUCAGAAGCCGAGGGAAGCCUGCAAUCUGGCCCUGCUGUGCUGCCUGCCAGAAGGCCAGUAGUGGAGGUCAUCAUCGGUGUCGUUGUCGGUGGAGCUCUCCUCGCCUAAGCUCUCACAAUUCGAAUCGUCUUUCUUUCCAGUCUUGAAGUUUAGCGUUAGCACGUAGCAGCAGCAUUAUCAGAGCGAAUCGUUUUUUCUUAAUCAUCGGCGCCGGCACUUGCAUACGCGGAAACUUGACGGCAUCCACAUUCAUUUAGAACUGGGAGUGAAGGAAGAUAAAACACUUCGGGUAUAUAGAAAAAAGGGUCGGCUCAGAGCUCGCAGGGUCAAGUCUGUCAAGUUUAUUAACGAAUAUGACGAGAUUAUCUGCGGAGUAAUUAAUUAAUUCACGAAUUUUAUGUAUCUUCGUUCGGGACAAGCCAUUUACAUGUAUUAUGGUACUAUGUAUACAGAAUGUCAAAGUUGAGG